GUCUGAGGAAGAACGACGCGAGCUUAGACGAACGUCGUGGAAGUCGGUGGACGGUGACUCGAGUUUAUUUUCUUCCUGUGCACUUGACUGAUGAGAAAUUGAUGAAGCAUCAUUUCCUGAGUAUACCGACAGUGAUACAGCCGUAAUGCGUUGGACCAAAUUUAAAGGCUGUAGCUGCUUAGAGAAACCUUGUAUCUUCGUUUAAACAAAACAGAAUAAACCAACAAACCUCUUGUCUUGGUCUUGUUAGAGUCUAGAGUAACAAAGUUCGCAAUGAACCCCAGCUUAAUGUUCCCAUACCGUGUCACACAUCCCAAUAUAUAUUAACUCAACAAUUUUGAAGAAGUGGGCCUAACGCUCGAUGUUUUUACACGAAACGAUUUACUAAGAGCCGACCUAAAGUAAGACCACAAAACAACACGCGCAUAUCUCACUUAGAUAAUUUUGGCGUUUCGAUAUCUUUAAAGAAUAUUUCCAAAAGUAUUUUUCGUGGACUUAAAUAUUAAUAUGUAUAUUUAACUGGGAAAUUGUGUGAUUUAAUAAUCGUAUUUGAUUAAAAAAAAGUGUUUCAUGGGACGAUGACAAAAACUAUUUACUUUUUCGACACGAGAUGAAUCGGUUUCAACUAACUGUUCCCCACGUGCAUAUCGACACCGUUCGCACCUCUUGGCCGGUGUCCAUUGUAUGGCUGCUGUUGUCCUGUGUGGUCACUAUGUUUUGUGCGAUAAGUUCCGUCCAGCCUGAGUGGUAUGUCCGAACCGAUCCCGUAAAUGAUAAAUUUCUCCAUUACGAACGAGAUUCCAUCCUUUAUAUGCUAGGCCUCGUUGGUGUCUGUUACCGUUGGCGCGAAACUUCUUGCCACAGUUUUGGCGGGAACUUCCCGUCCGCUCCUUGGCAUAUGGCAUUCGUAUUGUACAUAAGUGGGUGCGUGUUGUCGGGGUGUUGCGUUGUGGUGAUGGUGUUUAGUUUAUUUGCACUUGGAAGACGACGACGACACAACAUCAUGGUCUACAUUGGGUACAUACAACUGACAGCAGUUUUGUUCCAGACAAUGGCACUGCUUCUAUACCCAUUGAUCCUGACCAAUCACUUCGUACGUUUACACUGUGGACCGCGCUCUGACGUAUUCAACCCUUCUAGCUGUCGACUUGGCUGGGCUUAUAUGAUGGCUAUCAUGGGAACAAUAUUAGGGUUCUACUGUCCUUUGCUGGCAAGAUAUUCUUCUUAUAAUGUUUAUAGGCCUUGUUAUGUAAAAUACACGGAUUCAUUAAAACAAGUCACCAAUAAUCUUUCUUUAUAAACUCCUCGUGGUUUAUAUAGUGAUUGCUUUGAAGGAACGACAUACAACGACAUUUUCUAAACUGUGCGUAAUCGCCAAGCACAAUACGCGAACAAAAUUCUAAAUCAAGAUGUUCGUGAUGAAGGAUUUUCUUUUAACAAUCAACCACAAUGAGUGAACUUUUCUUUCCCAUCUCGUCUCAAGUCGUGAGUGACGCUGACAACAAUGCAUGAUGUCCAUUAUUGUGGUUUCAAAAUUUCUGUAUUUCAGAGUUGUGGUUAAAUUGAACUUCUAGCUGAAACCGUAAAUCUUACUAGACUAAGGGUUUCCAAAUUUUCUCAACACAAGGGUCUCCAAAACCUUCCGCCUCCUCAUAGAGGUCCCACCUCCUCAAAAUGAAUCUAUAGAAACUGAGUACCUUAACUCUCUUAAGAGUUGUGUGUAUUUGUUACUCCCCCACAUUUUCAAUAGGCCCUCAUUUUGGGAACUCCCAGCUCUAGACCAUAUUAAGUUACUUAACACCAGAAGCGGCUCAUAGAAUAGAAAUUCAAAAGUUUAACGAUAGUCGAACGAUUUUCUGAUUAAAAUAACUUCAUUAAAUGUUUACGAUAGAUAUUUUAGAAAUAACCAACUUAACCUGUAGACCGGAUUACCAAUUUUGAAAGCUUUGUGAUUUCCACAACAUUGACCUGUUUAAAAAAAUUAUUUUUUGUUAUUGCAUUUUUUGGACUUUUUAAGUAUAUAUAUAUGCAUAUUUAUAUUAUAUCUAUAUGAUGUAGUUAACGUUCAUCCCCAGUAGAAAUGAAGUGUGUAAGUUUCUGUUUUUUGGAAUGUAUUCAUGUGAUUAAUAAAACUAGUCAUAUUGUAA